GCUAACUUUUCAUUCAUUCACUCAAAUGUUUAACAAAGUUUAGAAACUAAGGGGUGUAUGUAUAAUUGGAUCCCCAUGCUUAAUAGGCUCUAUAAUGCAUCACAUAGGAUAAAGGAAAUACAGGAUAAAGUCAGUCCAUGGAUUAUUAGAAGCCAAUUUCAAAGAGCAUGUGUCUCUCUCUCGCUUUGUCUUUCAGGUUGCACGUGGUCUCCAUACCGUUUAUUAUCAUGAUAUCAUCAGUGGUAACUACAACCAGUCUACAACCCCGAGAAGUGGCAGCUCCGGGCAGUGACAUCACCCUUAGCUGCUCUUUCCCUCCGUCUAAAAACCUGAACCUCAAAUACCUGAUCGUCAACUGGCAGCAUGGAGAAUCAGAGGUGGUCCACAGCUAUUACCAUGGGAGAGAUCAGCUGGAAAGACAGAGUGGUGUUUACAAGGGACGCACUCAUCUGUUUGAAGACCAGCUCGCUGUGGGAAAUGCCUCACUUAGACUGAGUGGUGUGCAGCCGAGUGACCAGGUUCAGUACACCUGUGAUGUGACAGAUGAACAGAGAAGCACCCAGGAAAGUCUACAACUUCUAGUGGCAGCCCCUUAUGAUGAGCCCAGGAUGUCCGUCCAAGCCACUUGUGACUGCUUUGUUGUCACUCUCCGUGCCUCUCAGGGGUUUCCCCAGCCAGAGGUACUGUGGGGAGGUGUGAUGGGCUGUAACACCACUAUGGAGUUGGACAGCAGGGGGCGCUAUGAGCUGGCGAGUGAGGUGACCCUGAGGUUGAACAGCACUCUGACUGUUACAGCAGAUCUGAAACUGAGGGUUCUGGACCAGAGUUUCACCAAGUCUCUCACACUCCACCCACCACCAGCUAAGCUGACUGCAGCUGGCUCCACCACCACAUCCACCCCCCAUUGAACAUGCCCUUCUCCAGAGCAAGCUUGUGCUGUGUGAUGCCUGCUGAGCAGAGGAGCAGAUGGUUGACGUAUCCCCUGCUGCUAAUGCUGCUGGGAUUGGUGCUCCUGUUAUCCAGGGAGAGGUCUGAGCAGGAGACCUAAAAGGAUAAGAAAACAGAAAUAUAGAAUGACCUUCAGUCCAUGGUCACUCAACAGGCUUUAUGCCAGAGCAACUAUCAUUGCUUGUUUACAAAGAAAGAACAUAAAGGGAGGACAGCCUUUUAGACUAAAGUCAUUUUCAUGGAAAGUUAUUUUGUAAAAUCAGAACUACACUACAAUACAUUAUACACAAAGUUCAACACAAUACAGUUGACACACUCACUAUAGGACAGUGGGAGUUGCACACCACACCACUAGAUGGUCAUAUGUACCUCUACUCCAAAUCUGGUUCCUCUUAAGGUUUCUUCCUUGUAGGGAGUUUUUGCUUGCUGCAACUUUCUCAGGGGUUUAGCUCAGGUUACUGUGUAAAUCACCUUUACAUCCGCAGUUUUCUUACUGGGCUUAAUAAAUAAAAUGUAUUUAAUAAUAAGUCAUUUUUAUCCAAAGCGACUUACAGUCAUGCGUGCAUACAUAUUUAU